AUGUUCGAAGUUCAUAGCGACAAACGGAAAAAAGUCACGCCAGUACUGUCACUCCCUUCCAAAAAAAUAAAAAAUUCGAACAACAUGAUGGAAGACUUAUUCAUGUUCUUUCGUCAAUGUCUUUGUUCGUGGGAUGACUUGAACAAAACGGCUGAAGAACUGGGACUAUUUAUCGAGAAUAAAAUUCAUGAUUCGUCGGAUUUCGAAGAGUUGUUACAAGAUUUGCAACAAGAUUUUGAACAUGUCACACUUAGACAUGGAGUAGUGGAUGAACAGAAAUUAGAGUGGUACUCAAAACUGGAAAAGAUUGGUCACACACAAGCACACCUUAAUAAACGCUAUGGAUUUGGAGAAG